AUGCAAUACUGCACCUUCCUCAUGAAUAGGAAUGACACACAGGCACUUCCAGAGACAAGUUCCGCCAGAAGAAGAAAGAAUCCAGAAGUAGCUACUCGGGCAGAACAAACAACACAUCAACCACAAGAGCUGAUGAAGACAGAAUCUCCAGGCAAACCUUCCAUCCAUCUUGCCUCAUCCUCAGUCAAUCAACUUCUACCUUCACAAACACAAGGUGAAUACGAACCUAUUCCAGUAGAGGGACAAGAAGACUGGACUGAAGAGUAUGAAGAGAAGCAGUCGGACUAUGAACCAUCUGCAGAUGACCAGAUUGGACUCCUCGAAACAGGAGAACAAGAAGACUGGACAGAAGAAUAUGGGGAAGAGCAGAUGGAGUAUGACGGAGAACUGGAUGAAGAAAUUGAGCCUUUCGGUGCAGAAUUAGAAUGCCUGUUACAAGAAGAUCUAGGCAUUAAUAUGAUAUUUAUCUUGCCAGAAGAGUUCAAGGCAGUAGAUGGGCAAGGAAGCACUUUGGAAGGAGAUGUGCUUUCCCAGGAAACCUCACAGGUUGCCGAUUCCAACACGUUUGAUGUCACCAACUUUGCUGGGGGCGCCACUAAGACUCACGGAACCCUAGAUGUGGACGUCAUAGUUGGAACCAAGAAGCUGAAGAUUGCAUUUUUUGUGGUAGACACCACCUCUACCACUUACAAUGCAUUGCUUGGCAGGGACUGGAUCCACCAAAGCUUAUGUGUUCCUUCCACUCUGCAUCAGCAAUUAGCCUUCUAG